AUGGUUUCAAAUGUUCAAGGAACCGGAUACUCGGAGGGUGAGGGGGGCGAUCGGAACGGGUACCGUUACUCGGACCAAUACUCUGACGGGAACUCAUACGACAGUGAAGCCGAAUCCCUGAUAUCCGAGGAACAUGUUGGUGUCGCCAACAGGAAGGUGUUUGAGAACCCUGGACUCCAGCAGCAGAACUUGCCUCCCAGACCGAGAGUUGACAUAGACUGGAGCGGAGUUGGAAAUCAGAUGCGGCAGCUGCCACAGCACCAACAUCAAACGACCCAGCAGCAGCAGCAGCAGCAGCAGCAGCGUCAAAUGCAGCAGCAGCAGCAGCAUCAGCAUCAGCAGCAUCAGCAGCAGCAGCAGCAGCAGCAGCAUACCCAUGGACACAACAUGCUGGACGAACUUGUCCGGAUGACCAACCAGACGAAGCUCGGAGGGGCGAGCACGAACGGGAACUUUGGUCUGGUCCUUGCCCAGAUAGACAGCAGGAUCAUAGUGAUCGGGAUGGCCCCGAGCAUGCCGGCGAAGAUGUCUGGGCUGAUUCAAAUCAACGACGAGAUAACCGACAUAGACGGUUACAACUUGCAGAGGAUCCUCGAAGGGGCAGAGAACGAAGUGCUCGCUGCAGACAACGAGGCUGCAUGGCUACGUGGGGUCUCCUACCAGGACAUUCUCCGCAAGCUGGAUGAUUCAGACGCCGACUCACGCCUCCUCUCUCUCUGCCGCAAUCUGCUGCGGUCGGCUGGACGCUCGGUAAGGCUGACGAUCCGCCGGCAAGUGUUCGACGCGAGGAAGCAGGUCGGGGUUGGGCUCCUGCUCAACAUCACCAACAACGGCGUCUUCGUCGUCGGGCUCGCGCCCAAGGGGUCAGCGGAGCGGGAGGGAUCGAUCGCGGUCGGGGACCAGGUCCUUGCCAUCGGCGACAGAGUGCUGGAGGGGCUGACGACGGAGAACCUCGUACAGCUCAUAGUAGGACCCCAGGGCUCAGGAUUAUCGCUGACUUGCAGGAAGGCUGCCAUGAACUCGACCGCCAUGGCUGACGGCGGCUCCCUCCCCCAGGGGAAGAUCUUCCGAGUAAGGCUCCUCCGGGGGACCGAGGACUACUUCGCUCGACUCGAGAGGAUGGUCAAGGACGCGACAGCGAAGCGGCAUGAGCUUGCUGGGAGUCAGCUGGGGGUGCUGGUGAAGACGAGCUACAAGGAGCUCGUGGAGGCGGCAGAGAAGCAUUCCAACCAUGCAGAUUGGCUGCAGGUGGACUUGAACCUGUUCAUGCGCGGCAUGUCCAGCACCGGACCGGGCAAGAGCCCAGUGGAGGAGGAGCGAGCUCUGCAUCGAGAGCUGGCGGAGCAGGCGAACUUUCUUAAGGGGAAGCUCGCAGAGUCCAACAGGCUGCUGGAGAUCAGGAGGGCGGAGCUGCAGGAGCUGCAGGCUCAAGGGCCCCCGGUCGAGGUGGACAGCAGCCCGAUCGAGCCGCUCCUGGUGGAAGUGAAGUCAGUGAUCGACCAGCUGAUUGCGCUGGACCAGGAGGUGACGAGCUGCGAGGAGAGGAUCGCAGACGUGGAGAAGGACAGGAUGAGGAUCGCUGCUGAGAGCGACGCGGAGAGGCUGGAGAAGGAGAAGCUGGCGGGGCAGUUGAGGGAGAGGCAGUCGCAUCUGAGCUCGCAGGAGGGGAACGCCGCGAGGACGCGGCAGCAGUGGGAACAGGAGCGACAGGACCUCAUUGGGGAGGCCUUGCGCAUCCGGCAGUCUCGCAUCCACACGGAGAGGGUGCUGCAGGAGACGAAGACAGUGCUGAAGGAGCUCACAAGCGAGCUAGAGGAGAUCAUCUACAGAGUCACCAUGAACGAGAGGAAGCUCAGCAAGGUCCAUGCUGGGGUCUCCCGGGCCCACUUGCUCUCCCAGGAGGUGUCCAGGGACAUGGAGGAGCAGCUCCGGUCGGACGGCGGGCUCUCUGACUACGUUCACGACGGCAUGCUGCAGCAGAGUGCGUACAGGAGGUAUGGAGCAGGAGGAUACGACGACCUCUCUGCGCUCCCCCGGCCUCCUCGCCAUGCCAACGAGAUGUUCAGGAGCACUUCUGCUCUAGAGAUGAAGAUGGCUCCUCAUGCCAGGAGGAUGAACAAUUCUACUUCGGUCAUGCCAGAGCUACCGCACAUGGACUCCGGGCUCUUCCAUCUUUCCGGUCACAGCUUUCCCAUCCCAAGCCAGCCAGUCCAACAGGGAGCUGGGAACCUCGACAGGCUUGCGAGGACUCAGGCGAGGGAGGAGGAGGGAGGGGGCCUGAUGAAGCACGUGGGACCGGAGGACUACAACCAUGCACACCUGAUGGACUCGAUUCUGAGGGAAACGAUGCCAAGGGGGGAGGACAGGGAGGACAAGAACAACAGGGGUGGCACCCGCGACACAGCAAGCAGCAGCCAUGGGAAUCAGGAGGAGAGGAUGCGGAGGAUCACUGCGCUAGAGGAGGAGGUGAAGAGGAUACAAGCAUCGCUGAGUUAA